AUGGUUCCCUCCCUCGAUAUGGCGUUCUCUCUAUUCAGUGCAUGGCUCCCUCGCACGACCCGUGGUUCCCUUCUCCGACCGAGGUUUACGUUCACCCUCCCAAGGCUCUCCCACCCCGAUCGACCGAAGCCCAACACAACCCACUCCAUCCUGACGUACACUCCCCUCUUUAUACCUGACCUGACGUACUGCUCCCGACCUCUCUUCUCCCUGACGUACCUGUCCUCAACCACCCAGGAUAAUACACGCUCCUUUCAUUCUCCCUCGCUCCCUUGUCCCCUGUUAUAUUUUUGACUUUCUGAGUUGAUUUCUGAUCACACCUUCAACUCGAAUUCCUUCUUUUCCCACUUCCUUUCCUUUGCUUAUUCUUAUUUCUUAUUUCUUACAUUUGUUGCUUGCGUUGUGGUUUGAAAAAAAGAAUUUAAUUGCUAUUUAUGUGGCCUAGUGGAUGAAUUGAUUUUCCGUGUCUUUUC